GAGAUUAUUGAGCGUCGGAUCGAGAAUUAAAUCAAGGUGAACUUCGGAGAUAAAUUUCUCUAAUUACGCCAACCCUGUUCAUCCACGAUCAUGGUGUCUAUUGAACAACUUUAUAAGGAUUAUGAGGUCCUUGCUGAAGCCGGAGCAGAUGCUGGCCAGCACGAGUCGUCGUAUGCCUCCAUCUUGAGUGCAGUGGGUGGGGAUUCCCCUCAGAAGCAGCUGGCUGGUCAGUUCAUCCCAAAGUUCUUCAAAUACUUCCCAUCUCUGGCGGAGCAAGCAAUCAACGCUCAGCUUGACCUCUGUGAAGAUGAUGUCUCUAUGAUUCGUAGACAAGCGAUCAAGGAGUUGCCCAACCUGUGCAGAGACUCAGCUGAUCACCUGCUCAGGAUUGCAGAUGUCCUCACACAGCUUCUCCAAUCAGAUGAUCUCCCUGAACUCAACAUUGUCAGAUCAGCUCUCAUGGCACUCUACAACAUUGAUUCUAAAGGAACCCUCGGUGGGCUCUUCAAUCAGAUUCUCUCAGGAGAUGACAAGGUGAGGGAUCGUGCGAUCAAGUUCCUUAACAACAAGAUCCAGACCCUGCCACCGGACCGUAUCACUAAGGAGGUAGAGGAGUUUCUAGUAGAAAAGACUAAAGAGGUCCUAGUGGAUGUUACUGGUGAGGAAUUUGUAAUCUUCAUGAAGCUUUUGACGGGACUGAGUAGUAUGCAGACGUUACUAGGCAGGAAGCAAUUACUUGACCUCGUCACAGAACAGGCUGACCUUUCAUCAGAUUUCCAGCACACAGACUCAGACUCAGUAGACAGGCUAAUGCAAUGUAUUCGACAAGCUAUGCCAUUCUUUUCAAAAAACGUCCAGUCAACGGCGUUUGUGUCGUACAUAUGUGAACGUGUCCUCCCCAAUCUCACCUCCCUGGCUUCAGCACCCGAUGAGAACGGAGCUUCGGGGGAAGAGAAGAAGGACAAAGAGAAAGAUUCAAAUUCAGGAGGUGCCAAAUUAGAAAUGUUGAAGCUGCUCGCAGAGAUGGCAGCUAACUGUGGAGAUCUACCGGCCGAACCACACAUAGCCAACCUGUUCAGCACGUUAGUGGAGUACAUGCCCCUGCCUCCUGCAGCUGAAAGUGAGGACAGUGAGAACACACCAGCCAGUGAAGGUCCUCAGCUCCAGUUCUCGUAUGUAGAAUGUUUGAUGUAUACAUUCCAUCAGCUGGCCAGGAAGCAUCCUGAAUACUUAACCAGUGAGGAGGAUACCGUCCCUGAGAGGCUCAAGGACUUCAGGCUCAGGUUGCAAUACUUUGCUAGGGGUGUACAGCUUUACAAGAGACAGCUUCGUCUAGCGCUUGAGGGUAAGGUAGGAGAUCAGCUGAAGACAGAUGAAAACAAGCUCAAGGUGGUCGCUCUCAGGAUCACAUCAAACAUUGACUUACUUACAAAGGAUCUGUUCCACAACCCUCCCUCGUAUAAGAGUACAGUCAUAUUGUCAUGGAGACCAGUUACCAAGCAACCAUCUUCACCUAAAGAACAACCAGGACAAAAGAGGAGCAACAUCACCCCCAUCUCGUUCCCGGAGGGAGUUGCCCCAGCCAAGAAGAAGAGCCAGAAUAGGGGUGGUGGAGGGGGGCAGAAGAGGAGUAACAGGGGUAUGUAUGCACCCCCUGGUGGCAAGUACAGUCAGAAGGCAGGCUCAGCUCCUGGAGGCGGUGAUGCUAACUAUGGAGAUAACUACGGAGGCAUGCAGGGCUACCAGAACCAGCAGGGGCGUGGAGGCUACGGGCGCACCAGAGGACGAGGGAGGGGCCGAUACUACUAGGAGAAUAACCUCAUAGGAUGCUACAUAGGAUGUAUAUACACUGAACUCUAGUAUGUACAAUCAAACCUGCUUUAGUGACCACCUGUCUACAAAGACCACCUGUCUACAAGGACCACAUUUUUUGCUACCCUUGAAAAUGGUUUCUCACUGAAACAUGUACUAAAGGAACCUGUCUACAAAGACCACUUUUAGUGUUUCCCUGGGCGGUCUCUAUAGACAUGUUUGACUGUAGUUAGAUCACCAUUCACAGGAAUCUCUUCUGUAUUUUAAAGCUACUCAUGGAUCCUGAUAGACAGGGCUCCACACUGAGGUCUGUGUCCUGAGGGUCAUCCACAGCAAACUACGUGGACUGCCCUUUUAAGGCAAUGUGACGUUCUCCGUCGUGCAAAUCUUAAAGUCCCUACUACGAGUACAUGCACCCCUCUUCAUUUAGUGACAUGUGACUGAAGAGAGUAUGGGAUCCAUCUAGUUUACCACAGCCUGGUUGAUAUCGGGCCCUGCUAUAGGUCUAUUCUUAAAGCCAGGGGAAUACCCCAGUUCUCGUGAUGGUAUGACUUCAUUUGCAGUCUUCAUCUUAUGUUAUUAAUCAGAGAUGUGCCAGUGAUGCAUGCAUGUAUCACAUCUGUGGUUUUACAAUCGUCACAUCUACUGCAAUUCACUAGUCAUACUCUAAGUGUGAAUUGGUCACUACUGCAGGUCUAUGCUUAGAGCCAGGGGAAUACCCCAGUUCUUGUGAUGGUAUGACAUCAUUUGCAGACUUCAUCUUAUGUUAUUAAUCAGAGAUGUGCCUGUGAUGCAUGCAUGUAUCAUAGCUGUCGUUUUACAAUCGUCACAUCUAUUGCAAUUCACUAGUCAUGCUCUAAGUAUGAAUUGGUCACUACUGCAAGGAUGUCAGCCUUGACGGUUGAAAAUGUCAUCCAUGUGUUCAACAUUUCUCGCCAAGCACUAAAGACUGAUCUUUAUAGGAGUUUGGAAGCACAUGAAUGCCAAUCUACGUCCCAUCUUCAUAUGUGUUCAAGAGUAUAGAAAUGGGAUGAUUUUUCAAUGUUAUUAGAAUCAUUAAUGUUUAGACAGAGUGGCUGUGUAUAAGCACACACAUGCUUGAGGUACAAGUAUUCUAAAACACCCCUGGCACUCACUCUCUCUCUCUCUCUCUCCCCUCUCUCUCUCUCUCUCUUAUACCCCUCUUUCAACUUGGUGUGCCAUUAUUGUAGUCUUGUAGCUGUGAUCCGAUUGAAAAUCUUCUGAUCCUCUUUGUAUUUCUCCACAACUUCAUAGGGGAACCCAACCUUGAUAACAAACUACUAUAGAAGAACCAGGAAAGCAGAGAAACAGACUGGUGAAGUUUUAAAUGAAAUAAUCUUGCAAUGUUUACUAUGUAAAAUGCAAAAAAUGACAAAGAGGGAAGUAUUUUGUUAUUUUGUUAUUUAAAUGAUAGAAUGUUAAACUACAUUGUAAUUCGUUAUCAGCACUUUUGUAGGAAUAUCAAAUCUUGUUAAAGUUUUUAUCAGUGUCUCCUCUGAUGGUUGGAAAUGUCGUCCAUGUGUUAAACAUUUCUUGCAAAGCACUAACGACUGAUCUUUAUAGGAGUUUGGAAACAUGAAUGCCAAUCUACGUCCCAUCUUCAUUUGUGUUCUAUUCUUGAAAUAUAGGUUACUGAUUCUCACACCACAUGGAAGCCCCAUAUUUAAAAUAACUACAGAUAUAACUAGAAGCCCUACUAUUUGUUUUCUUUUUCUUCAUGAAAUGUUGCAUAAUUGUGUAUUAAUCUACUUCAGAAGAAAAUACUGGCAAGAUAUUGGAGAGGUGGCCUUUGGUUGGGUGAAAAGAGAACUUUCACAAUUACCCCCGCCCUCAAAAAAAAAUAGUAGGGCUUUUAAUCCUGAAUAUAGUUACAGUUACUGUUAUGUAUGAAAUGUGGAUCAGGCUGUAGAAAGAGGUAGGGUAUAUUGCUAUUUAUGAAUGUUUGAGACAAUUCUAAGUGUUUUUGUUGUUCUUUUGUACUUUUUAUUAUGAUAGAUUAUUUAAAAAUAAAGACUACAGACCAAGUGUUUCCUCCAUGAUAAUUUCUCUCCCAUUUUUAAAUUUUUACUUUGUAGCUGCAUUAUUUUGAGGCACUCCACCAUGUCGUGUCUGAAUGGGGCAGAUAAUCAUUUAAUCUGAAGAAUUUUUUUUCAAAAACAUUUACCUGGAAAGUAUUUAAAAGAGAAAUAAAUUUUCUGGAAAUGUAAAUGAUUAAACAAACAAAACCAAGAAAUACUGUAUAACUGAAAACUUGAGGGACAUGAAUGUCUUGAAUUGUUCAGAACAUCAAUUUUCAUGGCAUGCAAGAAAGAAUUGAAAAGACUUAUUUUUGUGUCAGUUGUGAUUCCAUUAUAUGAUCACAGCAUGAAACUUACAGGAAUCUGAAUCCUUUUCUUGAAUGCGUAUUAAAGUCUGGUGUUUUAAAAGCGUAGCACUCAUUCUUUACAGACAGACAUUUGAUGUGUACUAUGCUUUUAUAAUGUUAUAUUGUCACUGUUUUCAAUCGUUUUUUAAGAUAUCUUUUCUAUUUUUGGGGGGGAGGUGGUUUGCUUUGUCAUGUCUGACCAAGGCUUUUUUAAAUUGCAAGAACCUUUGGUAAUGUGGCGUGAGUAGUGUUUGCUGAAGAAAGACCAAAUGAAUGUUUAAUUAGAAAUGUACUACGUUAUCACAGUGUCAUGGUAAAGUAUGACAAAGGGUCAGAGAGGGGGGCAUGGAAGGUGUCUUUAAAUUAGAUUAUUUAUAAAUGUCAUUUUCUUGGAUUAAUCAAAAUGAGGAAUUGUUUUUACAAUAUUGCUCUUGGUGACCAUGUCAAUAAUGUGAGGAAAAAAAUCAAACAAUAAAUACAUUCUGCUUGUACAAAUGUUUUUAAAAUAUAA